GACGUCAGCGUGCUGACGUCACGGGCCGGAGGUCCCGGGGCUGCUGGGUGCGGGCGGUGGGCUGCGUAUCGUCCGCUGGACUGGGUCCCGGGUCCCGCCCCGCCAAGCCCCGCCCCUCAGGCCAGGGCGCGACCGCGGAUCCGCAGUUCCCGGGCCAGCCUGGGGCGGCCGGCCAGGAACCACCCGUUGAGAUGGAAUCACUGAAUUCAUCACUUGACACAGUACUAGUUUGGAUAAGUUUAGCAAGAUGAGAAAACUGAGGCCCAGAGAGACUAGCCCUGUGUUACUUGCAGUGCUAGGCUAAGAAGCCUGGUCAGUACCCCUGGUUCAUGGCUGCAGAGGCUUGUAGCAGGCCGUCAUCAGUUCUGAUGUCCUGUGUUGGAACUCCUGUCAGCCUCUUACACGAUGUAUCAGUACAGCUCAGGCCUUUCCAAUUGUUUUGCUUGCUUUAUUUGUGAGCUGACCUGGAUCUGGAAGAUACCUCUUGUGGUGAAUCAAGAUUAAAGCUUUAACUCUCACCAGGAAUCCCUGACUCUGAGCUAUUUAAGCCUGGAGGAUCUUCCUGAACAGGCAUGGGGUCUCACUCUGUUGCCCAGGCUGGAGUGCGGUGGCACCAUCUCAGCUCACUGCAGCCUCUGCCUCCAAGUUCAAGCGAUUCUCCUGCCUCAACCUCCCAAGUAGCUGGGACUACAGGUGUGCACUACCACUCCUGUCUAAUGUUUGUAUUUUUUGGUAGAGACAGGGUUUCCCCAUGUUGGCCAGGCUGGUCUUGAACUCCUGGCCUCAAGUGAUCUGCCCGCCUCGGCCUCCUAAAGUGCUGGGAUUACAGGUGUCUUCUCUUUAGGGAUGGUGAGGUUGGAAAAAGGCUCCUGUAACCCUCCUCCGGGAUGAACCACCUGCCAGAAGACAUGGAGAACGCUCUCACCGGGAGCCAGAGCUCCCAUGCUUCUCUGCGCAACGUCCAUUCCAUCAACCCCACACAACUCAUGGCCAGGAUUGAGUCCUAUGAAGGAAGGGAAAAGAAAGGCAUAUCUGAUGUCAGGAGGACUUUCUGUUUGUUUGUCACCUUUGACCUCUUAUUUGUAACGUUACUGUGGAUAAUAGAGUUAAAUGUGAAUGGAGGCAUUGAGAACACAUUAGAGAAGGAGGUGAUGCAGUAUGACUACUAUUCUUCGUAUUUUGAUAUAUUUCUUUUGGCAGUUUUUCGAUUUAAAGUGUUAAUACUUGCAUAUGCUGUGUGCAGACUGCGCCAUUGGUGGGCAAUAGCGUUGACAACGGCAGUGACCAGUGCCUUUUUACUAGCAAAAGUGAUCCUUUCAAAGCUUUUCUCUCAAGGGGCUUUUGGCUAUGUGCUGCCCAUCAUUUCAUUCAUCCUUGCCUGGAUUGAGACGUGGUUCCUGGAUUUCAAAGUGUUACCUCAAGAAGCAGAAGAAGAAAACAGACUCCUGAUAGUUCAGGAUGCUUCAGAGAGGGCAGCACUUAUACCUGGUGGUCUUUCUGAUGGUCAGUUUUAUUCCCCUCCUGAAUCUGAAGCAGGAUCUGAAGAAGCUGAAGAAAAACAGGACAGUGAGAAACCCCUUUUAGAACUAUGAGUACUACUUUUGUUAAAUGUGAAAAACCCUCACAGAAAGUCAUCGAGGCAAAAAGAGGCCGGCAGUGGAGUCUCCCUGUUGACAGUAAAGUUGAAAUGGUGACGUCCACUGCUGGCUUUAUUGAACAGCUAAUAAAGAUUUAUUUAUUGUAAUACCUCACAGACAUUGUACCAUAUCCAUGCACAUUUAGUCGCCUGCCUGUGGCUGGUAAGGUAAUGUCGUGAUUCAUCCUCUCUUCAGUGAGACUGAGUCUGAUGUGUUAACGAAUAGGUGAAGAAAGUCUUAUGCUGUAUUCCUAAUCAAAAGACUUAAUAUAUUGAAGUAACACCUUUUUAGUAAGCAAGAUACCUUUUUAUUUCAGUUCACAGAAUGGAAUUUUUUUGUUUCAUGUCUCAGAUUUAUUUUGUAUUUCUUUUUUAACACCCUACAUUUCCCUUGUGUUUUUUAACUCAUGCACAUGUGGUCUUUGUACAGUUUUAAAAAGUGUAAUAAAAUCUGACAUGUCAAUGUGACUAGUUUUAUUUUUCUUCUUUUGCAUUAUGUAUAUGGCCUGAAGUGUUGGACUUGUAAAAGGGGAAGAAAGAGGGAUUGCAAAUACAUGUAAAAUGUCACCAGACAUUUGUAUUAUUUUUAUCAUGAAAUCAUGUUUUUCUCUGAGAGAUUGUUCUGAAAUGUUCUAAAUACUCUUAUUUUGAAUGCACAAAAUGACUUAAACCAUUCAUAUCAUGUUUCCUUUGUGUUCAGCCAAUUUCAAUUAAAAUAAACUAAAUUAUA